GCACGCCGUACCAGGACCAGAUGCUGGUGAGUCCAGCAGUGCACCCUCUCACCGCCAACUAGAGCAACGCGUCGACCACGUCGUCGCAAUGCUCGGCGACAUCAGCACCUUCGCUGCGCUGACCACCAUCAGCAAUCAGCUGGAUAUUUUGAAGACCGAGGUCCAGCAGCUGCAGUCGACGAACACGGAUGGCAACAAUCCAAAGCAAUACAAGAUGCCAACGUUUCAACUUGAGAAGUUCGACGACUACAUACAUCAAAACCCGGUGCUCUGGUGGGAAGCUUUCACGACGCAACUUCGGAUUCUGCCUGUUGCCAAGCACGCGUACAUCGGCGCCCUGUUCAUGAACUCAAAGGGUGGAUGCCAGAUCUGGUUAACCCACCUGGCAGCCACCCACGGCGUCGACGUCGCAGAUCUGAAAGACAAGGUCUCAAGGGAAGAGUUAACAUGGCUAUGGAAGAAGCGGUUCAUCGUCCACAACGCACCAACACUCGCCAUCAACUGUCUCUUCACCAUGACUCAAGGCAACACAACAACACGUGACUGGCUCACGGAAUGGCAGAAGAUCGCGGCAACGCCCGAUCUUGACUUACCAUUUCCACAUCUGCGCCGUGAGUUCUACAACAGGUCAUGCGCUGCAUUGAGCCAGGCACUUGGUGAUCGCGAGCAGUAUGCAGCUUUCGCCGAAAUUAUUGACAAGGCGAGAGAGAUCAUCAAGACCAACAGGGCGGCUGCUCACGAGAAGUCAACGUGGCAGCCAACCUAUGUGGAGAAGCUCGUGAAACUGAGUUUCGCGGGAGGUGAGGUGACUCCACCUCCCACUCCGCCAGAUUCGGCCGCCUUGCUAACGACCUCCUACACAUCUGGGGAGGAUGCGAAUGUCGUAAGUUCUCGUUAUGCUUACGAGGACUAUGCUGUCCACUUGGUCCCACUGCUGGACCAACCGCUCCACGUGCAACAAUCUACCGCAUGCACGGUUUCAUCACCAUCGGCAACCAAUUCGGCAACUUUGCCGCCAUCUACCGCCGGGGAUUCAACGUCAUGGUCAAGACUUGAAGAGCUCGACCCGUUGACAUUUGCGGACUUCCAAUGGAUGCCCCUUCCCCGGUCCGGUCGAUUGCCGAAACCGCAUUGCAACGUGCUUAAGGCACAAUUGCGGGAUUACUUGCACACUUCAGUACCGAUUCCGUUGAUAGACGCUGGAGUAGAGGUUGUCGACCUUCACGCCUACAUUGCGAAGAUCAACCGCGAGUUCAAGACGCAACGCGAGGAUCACCCGGUGAACUUCUAUCGCCGCACCGUUCAAGUUCGUGAUCGAAACGGAGUACUAGUCCCAUACACGGUAGCUCCUCCUCACCCUUCAAUCAGCUGUCACGUGGUAUCCGCCGCAAGCAUGCGAGCUUCCAUCAUCAGAGACGACAUCGAGGAGAUGGGGGUGUGUUUUCUCCACGCCCUCCCGCCCCAUGACGCUUUACCGACGGACUCAUCUUUGGAUCCACGCAUCACCGAGCUUCUCGACGCCUACAGCGACGUGCUCGAAGGCCCGCACGGAGUAGUACCGGAUCGGCCCAUCCGCCACGAGAUCAUCCUCGAGGACGGGGCCGUACCUCUGCGCGGUUGCAUCUACCGAAUGAGCGAGGAAGAGUUAAGUGUGCUUCGGGCACAACUCGACGACCUUCUGGAGAAAGGAUGGAUUCGGCCUAGCUCAUCGCCAGACGGUGCUCCUGUUCUCUUCGUYCGGAAGAAGAACAAGGAUUUGCGGUUGUGCAUCGAUUAUCGCAAGCUCAACGCGCAGACGAUCAAAAACGCCGGCCCUCUCCCACGCAUCAGCGACCUUCUCGAACGACUGGGCGGCGCCAAGUUCUUCUCCAAGCUUGACCUCAAGUCGGGAUAUCACCAACUCGAGAUUCGGCAGGAGGAUCGCUACAAGACCGCGUUUAGGACGCGAUAUGGGCAUUUCGAAUGGCUAGUUAUGCCAUUUGGCCUUACGAAUGCCCCGACCACUUUUCAAGCGGCUAUGACAACAGAGUUCCGACACAUGUUGGAUCGAUACGUACUUAUCUACCUCGACGACAUCCUGGUGUACAGCCGGAGUUUGGAGGAGCAUGUGGAACACCUGCGCACCGUUUUGGAGCGGCUACGACAAGCCAAGUACAAAGCCAACCGCGACAAGUGCGAAUUCGCGCGGCAGGAGCUGGAGUGCUUGGGACAUUAUGCGACGCCGCAAGGCAUCCGUCCGCUUGCGGACAAGAUCGAGGCCCUACGAGUAUGGCCCGAGCCCACCAACACCAUGGACGUUCGUUCAUUCAUGGGAUUGGCGGGUUACUAUCAGCGAUUCAUCACCGGAUACUCGAGGAUUGCUGCACCUAUGACGAGAUUACAAUCGCCAAAGGUACCAUUCGUAUUCGAUGACGACGCACACCGGUCAUUCCAAGCACUUAAGACGACUAUGCUCAUGGCACCCGUCCUUAGCAUCUAUGACCCCACCCUGCCUAUGAGAGUGAUGACUGACGCUUCCGGCUAUGGCAUUGGGGCAGUCUUGGAACAGCACGACGGCGACGACUGGCACCCUGUGGAGUAUUUCAGCCACAAAGUGCCUCCCAUCAACUCGCUUGAUGAUGCAAGGAAGGAGCUGCUCGCAUUCGUCAUGGCUGUCAAGCGAUGGCGACACUUCCUCCUUUGGCGUCGUAGGUUGACAUGGGUCACGGACAACAAUCCAUUGACCUACUACAAGACGCAGGAUACGGAGCCAAGUUUGGCUUGGCAUCCACAAACAGACGGGCAGACGGAGCGGGCUCAUCAGACGUCUCAAAUGAUGCUUCGUACGCUCAUCCGUCUAGACCAGAAAGAUUGGGUUGACCGCCUCCCCGACAUCGAGUUCGCCUACAACACUUCGGUGCACCAGGCGAAUGAUGUGACUCCAUUCGAGUUGCACCAUGGUGGACGGAAAGACCGUAUCUUCGCCAACCUUCUCCUCCCACGACCAACCGACAUCGAUGCCGCUUGCUCUCCCGCUUCCGUCCGGAAGUACAGGGAAUUGCUGGCUCAAGCCCGCACAAAUAUGCAAAAGGCUCAAGUCCGCAUGCAGCAGCAAGCCAACAGGCAUCGAGUGCCAUGUCCCAUCCGCGCCGGCGACCUGGUUUGGGUUUCCACGGAAGAGUUUGCACUGGAACAGGAUGUCUCACGCAAACUGCUUCCCAAGUGGUUUGGACCAUGGCCUGUAACAUCAGCCGCGGGCGAUGAGCCCGAUGACCCUUCAUUUGUGAUCAACAUUCCCCGCAUCUGACGGUCCAUCCAGUCUUUCACGCCUCAAAGCUGGCAACAUACACGCCAGCUAAGAGCGA